AUGGCUGAUGCACAGACUCCAUCUCGCGCUGACUGCUCUGGCUGCGGAGACAUAUUCCCUAACAAGGACCACGGAGGACUCUGCGGGCGAUGCAGCCGAUUAGAUGAGAAUGAGGGAGAUCCUGAUGAACAGGCACGGAUCAAGACCAUUCCCCAGUGCCGUGACUGCGGAGCAAUCGGACGGUUCUUUGUGGAUAGCCAAUGUGGUACUUGCCGUCGUCAAGCCGAGGGCAAUGCAGAACUUCUUGACAAGGUUACUGCUGAUGCCCUUGCUGCUCGUAAACAGGUGUUUCAAGGACGCAUGCAAGACGGUAAGGCUCGGGGGAAGGUGCGAAAUGGCCUGGUAAAUGUGCCGAAUUCACCCUCCGUCGAUCUGACCUCAGGCAACCUCAAUGCUUUGCGUCAUCCUUCUGGGCGUAUGAUUACUGUCUGCGUGGUCCCAUACAUUGACACAAAGGAAUCUAUGAACUUGGGGAGUAUUAAUCGUGCAUACUCCGCUGAAACUCCCAUGGCAGAUAUUGUGGACACCGUCCUGCAGGGCUGGAAUCAGCAAUGGGAGCACUACACAAGCUGCAGUUUACAAGCGUCAGAUAUCACUGUCUUGUGGUACAAUAAGAUCAACCCAGAGCCGAAUACACUGGACGGUUCACUGGGAAACUUCUAUGACAUCCAUCGCUCUGUUCCGAAUGCAGACGCUUAUCUUGGUGCUGCACCACCUUCUUAUAAGUCACUCAAAGGGCCAAAGUAUGAGCGCCGCACCCAUGUUGAGGCUCCCCCGGAGAUCACACAGAAGCGUGCAGGAGCCAAGCGGACGCACGGGAGUAUUGAUGUAGAAACUGGUCCUUCAAAGAGGGCCCGAAACUCUGCGAUCCCCCCUCUGGUAUCCCUUUUCAUUCCAUCGGCAGUGGCCCCCCAAGCAGACCCGACAAGUGCAAUCACUCUCAAGCGCGCUGUAACUACAGUCAAUGAAGAGACUGGUGAAGUCCGCACGAAGUGGGGUUCCGGUCAUCGUGAGGACCUACUUCAAGGCCAAAUUGCAUCCAACCCCCUUGCGCAUGGCAAGACGAAGAAAGUGUAUGCACUCACUAUCGGCGAGAAAGAUUUUGUUGCCAAGCGCUUCUUCGAAGUUGGGCAUGGUCCGACCAAGGUCUCAAUCAAGGAGAACUCCGAGCUUCUGGUCAAGGAGCUAACACGUUUGAAAAAUCUUAAGUGGUUCUUGGAUGCGUUCUAUGCAGAAGCAGAAGAGCGUGGCAUUGAAGUCGCCAGAGACUUUGCAUGCUCUGAAGGGUUUCUGGCAGUGGAGGUAAUCGGUGUGGGUGCUGAGCCCUCCGAUGCGUCCGGUGUUUCCAAAGAGGACUAUAUGGCAGCUCUGUCGGACCUCGAGAACGACCCAAUGGUGGUAUGGCUUAUUGAGCCACGUCGUGCUCUCAGAGUCGAGCAUUACACGGGUACAAUGGAGUUCCCAAAUCGUCCCGGAAAGGUCGGUGCGACCAUUAGCGCAUUUACACACUUCGUGUAUCAUGCAAGCAAUGAACAGCUCUUAUUCGCCGAUCUACAGAGUUCACAAGGGGUUGUCGAAGAUGCCGCAGGCAAGAACAGUGUCAAGCGGGUUCUAUUCGAUGUGAUGACCCAUUCCGUUGAUCAGGACAGCGGCAUUGGUGACCACGGUCAAGCAGGCUUCAGCAAGUUCCUACAGGGCCACAUAUGCAAUGCAAUGUGUAAGAAACUGGGCUUGGAGGAAGCUAAGGAGAUGGGCGAGUCUGAGACGGAAGGUGUAGGGUACAAGUAA